UUAUGUGAUGAUUGUUAUUAUAAAUUGAAAUUCCACUGAAACUUAAAUGAUAAAAUCCAAAAUUAGCUGAAAAUACGCGAGUUUCCUUUACUGCUUUUACAAUCGAAAUAAACUACACCAAGCCAUGGCUCGGUCCCCAGGGACAGACAACUAUGACAAAGGUGAUUGUAUUUGAUAAUUUGUUGUCAAUGUGAUUCAAGAGAAAUCGUUUAUUUGAAAGUGAAAUGUAACUUCCUGUACUGCACAACUGUGGGUUUCGAGCACCGACAAACCACCAAGUCAACAGCCGCGGUGCUUGUCUGUUUUGAUCUGCCUGGAAAAUGGAGCCACAAUUGGAGGGAGGAGACAUAUAUAUUGAGCAUUUUCUCCAGGAUCAGCAGGAAUUACCCUUUAGUAGUCUACAGGAAGUGAUUCAAGAUGGGCAUGUCUUGCUGACAGGUAGCACCGGCCUUGUAGGCUCCUUGGUACUCGAGAAAUUACUUAGAUCUUGUAAUAGAGUUUCCAAGAUCUAUGUCACAGUACGUGGGAAAGAUGGGAAGACAUCGCAGCAAAGAAUUAAGGAACUCUUUUCUUCUAAAGUGUUUGACCUCGUGAGAUUGGAACACUGUGAGGCGCUGGAGAAGGUGCAGGUAGUGGACCUAGAUCGAGGGUUCGAGACCCAGAUUGCUCCGGCAGUAACUAAAGUAACUAUGAUAAUCCACUGCGCUCUUCUGGUAGACCACUACCACACAAUUAAGGAGGCUGUUGAAACCAACUUACGAUUUACAUCUACACUCAUUCAACUUGCCUACCGAUGCCGCCAACUUGAAUCCUUCGUUGUGGUUACCUCAACCUUAUGCCACAACGGACAAAGGAUAGUUGACGAACAGUUUUACCCUCCGCCUGUCACAGCCCCUGCAAUGUGUAUAAUGGCCGACUCUCUUUCCCAAGACGUAUUUACCAACAGCACAGCUGGGUUAAUAGCUGGAGACCAAUCUGCCAGUCUAACAACUAUGUGCAUUGCUGAAGAUCUCGUUCGUCAGAGUCGGAGAUCUUUGCCGCUGGCCAUUGUAAGGCCUUCAAUGCUGGUGGCUACAUACAAGGAGCCAUUGGCUGGCUGGUUGCCACGUGAGUCUCCUUCAGGUCUCACGAAGCUACUUACUGAGGCGAUGCGAGGUAGACUCUGCACAUUGCGAUGUGACGAUUCUAUUUGCGCAGAGCUGAUGCCGGCUGACUUUGCUGCUUCCUUCAUACUUGCAGUUGCCAUUCACACAGCAUCAGCAAGGAGGAACUGGAAGAACAAGGAAGUAGACGAAGUAGAAAUUCCUGGACAAAUUAUUCCUGACUCAGACAUACCGAUAUUUAACUUGGUUUCUUCCAAUCAAAACCCGCUUUCGUGGAGAGAGUUUUUUGUAUGCAGCCUAAGACACACGAGAAGUGUGCCAUUUCUUGACAUGGCUUGGUAUCCUUACCUUUUAUUGACCAAAUCAAGAUUUUGGUUCACAUUGUGGUUCUACAUCUUCCAUCUGUUUCCAGCCACUGUAAUUGACAGAUUCCAUGCUUUCACUGACAAUCCAAACAUACUCAAUGCGAAAAAGUCAAGGGUGUAUAGGAAGUAUAUGGUUCUACGUGGCUUCUGCGAGGCUCUCAGUCACCACACUAUGACAUCACAACGGUACCGAGAAAAUAACACACUCGCUCUAUGGCGUACUCUGGGGGUUCAUGAUAGGUCAACUUUCAACUUUGACAUUCUACAGUUAGACUGGGACCAGUUUCUGCACACCCUGGCCCGAGGUGUACGACUAUACUGUUUGGGAGACAGUUUGGACACCAUUCCUCGAGCUUCUAACAGGCUAAAGCGGUUAAAGCUGUUGCACUAUAGCUGCGUGGUCAUGUCUUCGUUUUUUAUUCUUAUAUUAUUCCGAGCUGUUUUAAAAACAUUACUUUUUUGAUUUUUUUAUGUAUCAAUAAAUUAUUAUCCUUAAUCACCACAAUAUUUGUGUACAUUUAUUCACGUUUAACAUAGAACCAUUUUAAUGAUGAAGUAUCCAUUUUCCAUAUUUCGAAAAUCUGAUUACAGGAUUUUAAAGUUUCUCAGAGGAUGUAAUUUCGACGUUCCACUGAAUGAGUUCAAUCAAUCAAUCAAUGUAUCUUUAUUUUACUUCAUGUAAACAUGAUUAGGCGUCAUAAGAAAGGUAUUUCAUUCAAAAGGUAAAGGUA